AUGCCCGGAGUACCAGAAACCCCCGCCUUUAAUCUCACGGAAUUGGACCACAAGCUGCUGGCCAUGACCGACGAGGAAUUCGUAUAUCAUGACUGGGAAGAGCUAAAAGGCAUCAUCGGUAAGUGUUCAUAUGUCUCCAAAGAUAUCCCGGAAGCAAUUCCCCUCAUGCCGCAUACCGUAAUAGCGCGAAAUGAUCUCGGCGUACUCAAGCGGAAGCCUUCCGAUCUCCGCCGAUACCUGGCCUGGACACAAGAGACCAAAACCAAGUAUGGCACGAUCAUGAAUUAUAUUUGCCAGCAAAGAUUACAGUGGCCUUUACCCGUAAAUACUACCACGGCUGCAUUCAAGAAUCCCAUUCCCUUUGCCGAUUCCGAGGACUACAAGAUCCUCCGCAAUGACUGGCCUUACGGCCUGACCCCCGGAAUCUCACAUCUCGUCGUGUGGCUGCGCACUCCUAUCCCUGUACAAUCUGACGAGGGCCAUUUGACCGAUGAAUCUCGUGCAAUGAUAAACAGUUUUGUUCGAAAGACCUUUGUCGACCGAUUGGCCAAGGAUCCUCACAACUUCUCGGACCCUGACUCCCACGUGUUAUGGUUUAAAAAUUGGGUUGGUCUACAAAGCGUCAGGGCAUUGGAGCAUGUUCAUAUUUUGGUCCGUGAUGUCCCCGAGGAUAUUUUAUUCGAAUGGGCAAGCGAGUGA